AUGUUAGUGGGAUUAUUGAAACUCAUAAAGCAGUACAUAUUCAGAAGAGAAUUAGAUUUGCAUUAAGUAUAUGGUGGCAAAGAAAGCUGGGCCCUGGUAACAGGUGGCUCAGAUGGAAUAGGCUUCUAAUAUUGCAUAGAUCUUGCAAAAAGAGGAUUCAACAUUUGUAUAGUAUCAAGAAAUGCUGAGAAGAUUGAUUUAAAAAUCUAGGAGCUGAAACAAAUUCUUGGAGACUAAGCGUCUAGCCUAAAAUUUAGAUCUGUAGUGGCUGAUUUUUCAAAAAUGUCCUAAAUAUCUUAGUAUUAGGAAUUAGCCACAAAGGUACAAGAUAUUGAUGUUGGUAUGCUUAUCUUGAAUGCAGGCACAGCAGUAUUUGGUAAAUUCUAGAACCUUACUGAUUAAGAAGUAGAGGAACUUGUUAACUUAAACGCUAUUCACAAUGUUUACCUAUUUAAGGUUUUCGUUGAUAAGCUCUAUUUGAGAUAAAAGAGAUCAGCUGUAGUUUUACUAUCAAGUGCCCUAGGAUUAUCUCCAGUUCCAGGUAUUGCAGUUUACAGUGCUUCAAAAGCUUUUUUAAGACAUAUUGGAAUUGGAGUAGGAAAAGAAGUAAGAGAUAAGAUUGAUAUCUAAACUUUUGUUUGCGGUCAAGUAAAUACUAGUUUGAAUCCAGGCUAAGCAAGUGGGUUGAAGACGACAGCAGUUAUGUCAGUAAAAAAUUCUUUAAGAGACAUAGGCUAAGAUUUAGCCACUGCAGGGCCUAUCUAGCAUGUGCUAUAAGGCUGGAUAGUUAAGAAUUUAUCAUUUGGGGUUGAUAAAAUUAUGCUUAAGGCAGCUGAGAAAAAAUCAAUAGAAAUAAGUGCAAAAAAAAUAUAAUGA